UGUGUGUUUACAUGGAUAAUAAUGGAAAAUGGUAUGAUCUGUCAUGUGAAAACACUCUGUCAUUUGUUUGCUAUGAUGGUAGAGGAAACAGCUCUCAGAAUUAUGUUUGGAUAUAUGAGUAUAGGAACUGGACUGGAGCUCAGAGCUACUGCAGAGAGAAAUACACAGACCUGGCCAGUGUGAGGAAUGAAACAGAGCGUCAACAGAUACUGAAAGUUACACUUAAUCUUGUAUGGAUUGGUCUGCACAGAAACAGACUGUGGUCAGAUCAGAGCAACUCUUCCUUCACAUAUUGGCUUCCGUUGACUAAAGAAGUCAUUGCACAACCAGAUAAUGGUUAUAGUGUCCCAGGACAGCGGGGAUUUCAACACUGCACAGCUGUGUCUUUACAAUACUUUGGCCAGUGGACAGAUGAGAGCUGCUUUUCCAGUUUGCCUUUCUUCUGUUACAGCGAUAAAUAUGUGAUGGGACUUAGAGUGAAACUCACAAGUGUAGAAUAUUUAUCACAGUCUCAGAUUGAAGAGCUGGUGAUUAUACAGCUCCAGGAAGAAUUGAUCAGACAAGGACUUCCCAGCAACUUCACCAUGCAUUUGAGAAACUAUCGUAAAACCAGUCCAUGAGAGACAAGGACAGCAUUCCAGCAUGCAAGGAAAGUUGUUUAAAUGUUUUAUCAAACUAUCACAGUACUGUACUUCACUGUUUGAUAGUUUUGCAAUAAUAUAAUAAAUCUGAUCUUCUGAUCUCAAUCUGAUAAUAAAUCUAUAGAUUUCUAAUAAAUAUAUACAGA